AUGAACAAUAUUUUAUGCAAAGACCAUCCAGACAAUCCUAUUAUCUUCAUAAUUUGGAAUAAAAAUAGCUUAUAACUAGUAUGUGAUGAAUGCAUGGGAAAGAUUCUUGAUGAAAAAAAUCUUGAGAAUGAUAAAUUGAAAAAAUUAGCCAUCAGAAAAGCACUUAAGGAACCAGAAUAUUUCUUUUAGUAAUUUAAUUUGGAUGAAAAAAACACUACUCUUAUUAACGGCAUCGCAAAAUACCCAGAAGUUCAAUUAAGAGAUUUUAUUCAAAAAAUUGAAACAAACCUCAAGGAUAUACAAUUAACUCUAGAUAAAAUCAUAAAUGAACUCAAAGAAGAGGUUUUUAAUGUUUUAAACAACAAAAGCAAUUCUAGAAAACAAUUAGAAAAAGUAUUUUAAAUAUUUUAAUAGGUAACGCAAUUUUCUUAGUUUAAAGAUCUAAUUGAAAGUCUCAAUAACUCUUAGUAAACAAUCACCCACGAUGUUGUCAAUUAAGUAGAAACAAAAUUAUUACAAAUAUUCAUAGAUCUUGAAAAAGAUUCAAGCAGUUUUAAUAAAGAAAUAAAAGAUAAUUCAGCAUCAAAUAAAAUUAAUAAAAUAAAUUUCUCAGGAUUUCGAUAAUUUAAGGACUAAAUGAAUUAAUUUUUAGAUCUUUCAUUAUCAUUCCAAGGCAAAAUACCUAAUAACUAAUUUAUUGUUUCCUAUUCUUAUUUUAAUGAUCUAUUAUUAAGUAAAAUUAGUCUAGAGGCUGGAAAAAAAUUCAAAGAUCUAACUUAAUAUUUAAUGAAUAACAAUAAAAUCUGAAUUGUUAUGUAUUUUGGAAAAAUGUCUAAAAUAAAAGCAACUUAUUAAUGAUAUUUAAAUCACAAAGUGGUAAUAUAUUUGGCGCAUACACUCCUUUAAAAUGGAUUUAUGAAGACAGGGAUGUUCGUGAUAGUUCAAAUUGUUCCUUUUUGUUUUCAUACACUCAUAACACCAUACAUAAGUUAAUAAAUGGUCCAAAUUAUUCACUAUUCUUAAGAUAAUAGAGCGGUCCUUGUUUUUCUUAAGACCUAUAUAUAAAAGGUGAUUUUUAAUAAGGACAUUCAAAUCUAGGAAUUUCUUAUACAAAAGAGGCUUAAUAACACCCAAAUACACAUUUAUUUGGAUAAGAAACUCCAAAAAUAGUAGAAUGCAGGAUUUUUGAAAUUAUAUUCUAAUGA